AUGCAAAUUACACCUCUUAAAGUGGUGGUCAUGUCUCUAACUGAUAUCCAUCUUCAACAUGAUCAAAGCUGGCGUAGUUCUUGUUCAAAAAACGUAUUGCUGUCACUCAUCGUCAAAGAGUAUGAUCAAAGCAACAACGGUAGGCAAGACACUUGCGAUCAUCACGUGACUGACCAGACCAGACCAGACCAUUUCAUCGGGAUACAACACACCAGUGCAUUAAAGAAGAGAGAAAGAAAAGAGAAACUCUCUUAUUCACAUUUCAUUUUUGGUUCUUUUGAAGACUUUGGACAUGCAGGUUCAGAGAAAUUUAUUCUGCAUGUUCCAAACUUAAUAAUGUUCAAAAUGAAUACAAAUACAAAUAUAAUCGAGAAAACAGAUAGAUUAAUCAAUGUUUUGAAAUUUAGAAGUGAGCGAUCUAAUUAUUAUGAUAAUCUAAUAGUUUUAGUUCAUAAUCAUUUGAAAGAUAAAGAUAAUGAACAACACACAAAUAUCAUAUUAAUCGGAAAUAUUAAAACUAAUGAUGAGAUAGUAGUACCAGAUACAGUCGAUACUCAAUAUCAAUUAAUAUUAAUCUUUUCAUAUUCACUCUUAAAUCUAUCGAUACUUUUAAACAAAUCAGAAUCAUACACAAUCAAUAUUCAAAAAAGUCAAUUUAAAAACACGUUUGACUAUUUCAAACAAACACACAUUAUUAAUAACAAACAAUAUCAUUCAAUAUCAAGAUUUACAAACAGUAAUAAUAUCAAUGAUGUAUAUUUAGUGUGUGGUACUGAUGAUCAAAGAUUGGUAAGAUCAUUUUUCAAAGUAAUUAAUCAAUUGACAAUCAUAAAACUAACAAAAUCAAUUCAAAAGUAUGUUUAUAAAAAGAUAAACUAUAAAGGUAAAGAUAAUCAGAAAUCUUAUGAAAGAGCUGAGAAUGAAAUCAAAUCAAUGAAAUUACUCAAAGAUAAUCAAAGAUUUGUUCAACUUGUUGAUUAUCAUGAUGAUAAAGACAAUCAAAUCUUUCAUAUCAUCACUCAAUAUUGUGAUGGUGGUGAUCUUUCUCAAAAGUAUAAACAUUUAACUGAUCUAAAUCUAUAUGAAUAUAUUACAAUUAACCACAUUUAUAUUGAACAUAAAAACAGAAUCUUUAAAGAAUCAGAUAUUAUUAAAUAUAUUUCAGAACUUUUCAAUAUUCUUUUGAAUCUUGAUAAACAUGGAAUUAUUCAUUGUGAUAUCAAACCAUCAAACAUAUUCAUUGAUGAAUCUGAUGGUACUUUGAUUCUUGGUGAUUUUGGAUGUUGUAAAUUUAUUGAUCAAUCAACAAUCGUUGAAUAUCAAGAUACAAACCUAUUUUUCAAGGCACCUGUUGUCAUAAAAAGUGUUUCAAAUUCGAAAGAAAUAUCAGAUCCAACUAUUUUUGAUAUGAAUUCAAAAACACUUAUAAAUGCAACUCGUGGAACAAUUGGUUAUAUUUCACCAGAAGCAAUGAACAGACAAUAUGCACAAUCAUGUGACAUCUUUUCAAUUGGAUCAACAAUUCUCAAAUUAUUAUGUUGUCAUCCAGAUGAUCGAAAUAAUCAUCAAAUAUUCCAAUCAACUGGUGAAAUUAAGAUUUCAGAAUGCAGAUAUUCAAAACAAUUGAUUGAAUUUAUUCAUCGAUUGUUGGAUCAGAGUCCAAAGAAUAGAGAAUCAUUGAAUCAAUUAUUAAACCAAUAUAUUGAAACAAUCACCAAUCAACAUUUAAUUACAUUCAAUUUAAAUACUACGUUCAAAAAUAGAUCCGUCAAUAUCACUGAAAUCAAAUUUGGUAAUGAAUUUAAUCAACCUUUGCAAUCUAAUUCACUCCCUCCAAAUCUGACAUCAUUAGAGUUUGGAAUUUCAUUCAAUCAAAUAUUAUCAGUUGGUGUUUUACCUAAAUCACUUAAAUCAUUGGUGUUUGGAUAUUUAUUCAAUCAAAUAUUAUCAGUUGGUGUGUUACCUAAAUCACUGAAAUCAUUGGAGUUUGGAGAUAGAUUCAAUCAAAUAUUAUCAGUUGGUGUGUUACCUGAAUCACUUGAAUCAUUGAAGUUUGGAAAUGAAUUCAAUCAAAUAUUAUCAGUUGGUGUGUUACCUGAAUCACUAAAAUCAUUGGAGUUUGGAGAUAGAUUCAAUCAAAUAUUAUCAGUCGGUGUGUUACCUAAAUCACUUGAAUCAUUGAAGUUUGGUGGUGAAUUCAAUCAAAUAUUAUCAGUCGGUGUGUUACCUGAAUCACUUGAAUCAUUGAAGUUUGGUCGUGAAUUCAAUCAAAUAUUAUCAUUCGGUGUGUUACCUGAAUCACUUGAAUCAUUGGAGUUUGGUGGUGAAUUCAAUCAAAUAUUAUCAGUUGGUGUGCUACCUGAAUCACUGAAAUCAUUGGUGUUUGAUUGGAAAUUCAAUCAAAUAUUAUUAGACGGUGUUUUACCUGAAUCAUUGAAAUCAUUGGAGUUUGGUGGUGAAUUCAAUCAAAUAUUAUCAGUUGGUGUAUUACCUAAAUCACUGAAAUCAUUGGUGUUUGGUGAUAAAUUCAAUCAAAUAUUAUCAGUUGGUGUAUUACCUGAAUCACUGAAAUUAUUGAAGUUUGGUCGUAAAUUCAAUCAAAUAUUAUCAGUCGGUGUGUUACCUGAAUUACUUGAAUCAUUGAAGUUAGGUGAAUUCAAUCAAAUAUUAUCAGUUGGUGUCUUACCUGAAUCACUGAAAUCAUUGGAGUUUGAUUGGAAAUUCAAUCAAAUAUUAUCAGUUGGUGUGUUACCUGAAUCACUUGAAUCAUUGAAGUUUGGAUAUUCAUUCAAUCAAAUAUUAUCAGUUGGUGUGUUACCUAAAUCACUGAAAUCAUUGGAGUUUGGAUAUGAAUUCAAUCAAAUAUUAUCAGUUGAUGUGUUACCUAAAUCACUUGAAUCAUUAUCAUUUGGAGAUGAAUUCAAUCAAAUAUUAUCAGUCGGUGUGUUACCUGAAUCACUUGAAUCAUUAUCAUUUGGAUAUUCAUUCAAUCAAAUAUUAUCAGUUGGUGUAUUACCGAAAUCACUGAAAUCAUUGAAGUUUGGAUAUAAAUUCAAUCAAAUAUUAUCAUUCAGUGUCUUACCAAAAUCAAUUUCAUCACUCAUUAUUAGUGGAAUACAAAAAGACUCAGUGAAUCAAAGCAAAUUAGCUUUAAAUUUAAAAAUUCUUGAAAUUAAUGAUGGUCAUUAUCGACAUCCUCAAACAAUUACAACAUUACAAUUGACAAAUUCUCAAGAUUCACUUUCAUUUAUCAAAGAAUUCUAUCCAGAAUAUUAUUCAACACACAAUCUAUCUUUGAUCAGUGAUUCAUUUGUCGAUUCUCAAAGCAAUCAAAUCAAAGGAGAAUACAUCAUUGCUCUACUUUUACAUAACAGAAAUAUCAUUUUAUAA